AUGUCUCACUCUACUGUCCACGUUUCUGGCAUCUCGUCAACAACCUCUGAGAAGGAUGUUCGCGACUUCUUUAGCUUCUGCGGAAAGAUUGUCACCCUCUCCAUCACCCCAGUCUCUGGGGAAGCUGAAGCUCAGAAGUCCGCCACUGUGACCUUUGAAAAGGAGGCCGCUGCCAAAACUGCCCUCCUCCUAGACCAGACCCAACUAGGCAGUUCUGCUGUGCACGUCGAAGCAGCCCAAAACAUCGAAGACCUAGCCGGAGCCCAAGCCACUGGUGCAGGCGAGACCAAGGAAGAAGAGCACCACAUCCCACAAGAAGACAAGCCCCGAUCGCGCAUCGUCGCAGAGUAUCUGGCGCACGGGUACGUUGUGAGCGACAAUGCAAUAAUGAAGGCGAUCGCCCUGGACAAGAAGCAUGGAGUCUCAAACCGCUUCACGUCGGCACUCACAAACUUCGAUAAGAAGUACAAUGCCACCGAGCGCGCUAAGGGCAUUGAUGAUAGCUACCAGAUCUCCACUAAGGCGGCCACUGGCUGGCGCGGCCUGAGCUCGUACUUCGAGAAGGCACUGGGACAUCCCUCCGGCCAGAAACUGCGUGACUUCUAUGUUCAGACCGAUAAGCAGGUCCGCGACAUUCACGCUGAGGCUCGUCGUCUGGCGGAUCUGAAGCAGGGCAAGAGUGGUGAGGGUGAGGGUGCUGCUGCCCCCACCUCUGCUGCUGCCCCUGCUCCUGCUGCUGCCGCUCCUGCUGCCGAGUCCACUGCUGUUACUUCUCAGCCCGAGGCUGCUGCUGCGCCUGUUGAGAAGUCCUAA